ACCCCAGUGUCUCUUAAUGCAGGGUGGGCGUGGCUGAAAGUGAGAGUUGUAAAGUCCUCAAAAUUACAUCGCAUGGAGGUCAAAGGACAUUUGAUAACAUCCAUGGGUUUGGGGGCUCCAGAUGUUGAAGGCUGCCAGGACGGUAAGCUGCAGGCUGAACGUCUUGCUGCUCUGCAAGAGAGGAGACAGGCCCUGGAAGCUCUCCUCAGCACCAGAGUGGGAGAGCUCAAACAAAUCUGUUUGCAGGAGGCGGAGCUGACUGGGAAGUUGCCAAGUUCCUAUCCCCUGGAGACGGGAGAGAAACCCCCGCUGGUGCAGCGCAGAGCUGGCCUGCCGCCCACCAACAAGGCAGAGGAUGAGGCUGCACAAAGGAGGCAGAUGAAAGCCAUCUUUACUGGAGCUUUGCACAGACACACAGAAUUAGAGCGAAUUGUCCCCAACAGCAAGCGGACUGUCCAUCGGGGGUGUCACACAGAGGACACAAUCAUGUCCGAGAGUACCAGUUCCAUGUCAGAUUCUACAUCACAUGAUAACGAAUCAUCUUCCAGCGUUGCCACUGACCAGCGCUCUCUGUCUCAGCCCCGCCUCACUGUGGGCAGCCCUGACCACAGCAGGAUCAGCAGGAAGUUGUCGCCAGUGGAGAUUUACUAUGAAAUGAGGACACGUCGCAACUCUGUGACAAGUUCUGUUAGCCCAACUCACUCUUUACCCAGAAGUGCUUCUAAUGUUGAAGGUAGAAGUGUUCCAGCGACUCCUCUCUUGGCGCGAACGGCUCCAAUCAGUGUUCAUGUCAGGUACCAGUCUUUGUCAGAUGUGUCUGGGAGUAAUGGGUUGAAGCAGUGGUCUGGCAGCCUGGAUGUGCCAUACAUGGUUCCUCUGGCCCAGGAAGGCACUUCCUCUGACCGCCGAGGCUGCUCUUACAAUUCAUGUGCCAGGCGCAGUAACAGCUCCGAAGCCCUGCUAGAUAGAUCAAGCCUCCCUGAUGAUCCAGCACCCAGAAAUGGGAUGCCCCCCAGAGGAGGGCCUUUCAAGAGCUCAGAGACACUAACUGAUGGCAAACUGCGACACAUCCACCUGGGGAGCCCUGAGAGACACAUUGAUGGUUCGGUGGAACAGGCCAAGCUGCGUCUUUCUGUGGGUGGCAGAGGAACAAGCAUAGGCUACAAUGAGCUCCUAAUGGACUAUAUAUGGGGAAAGCAGCAAAGAAUGCAAGUACAGAACCACCUCUACCAGUCCACAGGAAGAGUCUGGCAGGACAUUCCUUCUCCACGCUCCUCAACUGCAGCAGUGACUCCUCAUGCCAAUGGCUUUUCCCAUUCCCAGGUUCACCUUCCUAGUGCUGCACCCCCUUACAGCCCCAUGGUCAUCAGAGGGUCACAAGCUGAAUUGCACAGGGUUAAAGUCACCAGAACCAAAUCUUGUGGGCCCUUUAUUCCUUUGCAACAACAUCCUCAGGAUGCUAUUUUGCUAUCAGCAUACGAGUCUCCCCUUCCUGCCUCAGGCACCACCACAUCCUCCAUCCCCAAUCUGCAGCCCUACCAGACAGAGAUAUCUGGCCCCUCCUUCAGCCGCAGAGCUCCACAGUUCUCUCUUCCUACUGUAGAAGACUCGACAAGAAGCCUCCAUAAAGCCCUGGCACUGGAAGGCCUGAGGGACUGGUACCUGAGGAAUGCUCUGGGUUACCCUCCUACUGCCUCAAAGGGCCAUGAAGCAGGGAUCUCUCGCCUCUCCCAUCCCUACCCGCUGGUCCAUCAGCCCCAGUCCACUCAAGGUGAACCAGCCAACCUCCACAGGUCACAAAUACCGCAGUCAGCCAGUUUCCAUGGCCACCCGCUACAUGGACGAUCGAUGGAGUUUUCUCUCUACCAGGAGACACCUCAUCUACAGAUGCAAGAGGUGACCCCAAAGGAACCCAGUACAGACCCAGGCACCCUGGUCUGAAACUGCAGAAAACACACGCACAAAUUCUCCAUGGCCUCAAAUACACACUCGUGCAGUCAUGUGCACACACACAUUCAUACAAUGUGACCUCAAGAGUAAACUAAAACAACCUCAGCAGAAAGAGACUGAAAUAAAUAGCAAACUGUAGCUGUAGUGUCAAACUGCGUUUCCUGGAAUAAUAACCGAUCUGACAGCUGUGAACUUCAGAUCCGGUGUUAUGUGGCCAUGCACUGGACUUACUUAGUAUCCAACAGCAACAUGGUCAAGAAAUACUUCAUGUAUCUGUAUUUCUUGUCCACCUUAAUAUCCCUGAAAGUCUCCCUAAAUAUAAUUUUUUACAGAAUAUAGACAGUUCUAAAUCGCUAUUUUGUAUCUUCCCAGGUAUAAAGAACAGUCAUACUAAAAGCAAUUUAUUGUUCAUUGUGUGCUACAAAGAUGUUAUAUGAGCUAAUGCUGUUUUAAAAGUGUUAGGAUGUACCAGUCAAUGCUUGUAAUCAGACUAUACCAUAUUUUCUGGACUAUAUGUCACACUUUUUUUUUUACUUGUCUGACUGGUCCUACAACUUGUAU